AUGUUUGCACUCGCUCUAGUUAACGCAGAAUCAGGCCAGCUUGCCAAACAGGAAUUAAAGGCCGAUGUGCCGUCGUGGCGCUCCGAAGGUUAUGCGGAUGAUUCGAGUGUAGAGAUUCUAGACCAUGACCAUGGUGUUGGUAGAGCCCAAAGAUGCAACGACAGAGAUCUCGAUCGAGUUCUUGCUGAAACACCACCUCAACUUCGCUUCAUCCUGCUGCUACCGACUGUGCACGAAAGAAUAGCGCGAGAGUUUUCGCAGAGAACAGUAGCUGCCGAUCUUUUCAAGAUGAACGAAAUGUACGACAACGAGGCUGUUGACCCUGCUGAUCCUGAGGACCUCGCAAUGUGGAAGGGCAGCAGACUCAACGUAUCUCGUAAUGCCCUACUCAAGAUCAUGACCAAGUACGAUAUUGCACCAGGCACUUGUUCCCACAUCCGAGGACAGGAACAAAUAUUUGGAUCCCGUACGAUGAAAAAUAAUAAGAACGAGGUCGCAGCUGUUGAAAUCUGGUAUGCCGUCAGAGCAAGGGCGUAUUUUCGCGAAGUCGACAAAGAUGCCGAUCUUAAGAUAACAAUCGUCACCAAAUAUGAUGUGGCAACCGAGUCGACUGUGGUGAUUCUGAAGUACCGAUCUUUCAACGAUCUACCUAUCAAGUUGAAGUGCGAGUUGAUCUCCAAGCUGAAAGAACUGAUUCAUCAGAAAACCACCAAAAGUAUCGCGCACAGCCCGUUUGCUGUGACAUUGAUGCAUUUCAACUGCACCGCUCAGUGGUACCGGCGAGCAGCGAGGGAUCCAAGAGAUAGCGUGAGAAAAGAAGAGGAGAAGGCCCACGAGCUGCACAAAGGAAGCAAGAAUGAGGUCAAUGCUAUCAAUGUUAGGAGACUUCAGUUGACUCUGCGCAAUCUUGAUCAGGAUAAGCUACAGCUGACGCAAAUCAUCGGCACCAUCAAAAGCCUGCGCAAUCAGCACGAGGCUUUCUACAAAUACGUCAAGCGAGUGUCAGCCCCCGAGGAUCGAGAUUGGCUUUACCUUCGUGUCGACGAGGAACUAAAUAGACUGGAUGAUCAGUUAAACUAUCAGCGAUCAUCAAUUGAAGAUGUUUCUGGUCGAGCGCAGCGACUCUUGGAUCUUCUGUUCAAUUUGGCCGGCCAACAGAAUGCCCGCUGGAGCGAGAAGGUGGGUAAGCAGGCAAUGCACGAGAGCGCGAAUAUGCGGGCCGUCGCCGUCGUGACUAUGCUCUUCCUUCCAGGAACUUUCGUCUCGCGAAUACUGGGCACAAACCUUUUCAGUCAAGAGGAAAAUAAGGGUGGAAGCGACAACGAUCCGGGCUCGUCAUUCCGUGCAUCGUCGCAUUGGUGGCUUCUAUUGGUUACCAUAAUUCCGCUGACAGCUUUGACUUUCUUGAUUUGGUCGAUUUGGCGAUCAAGGACCGAGAAUGAGAUUGCCUUAAAGAUCAUGAAAGAAGACGAGGAGACCAUCACCCUACAGGACCUUGAGCGAUUGAACAGCAGGCGGAAAAGUAGCUUCGCUAUCAUGGGAAGUAGUCUCGCCAAUAUCAAGAGGCCAUGGACACGCCAGUAUCGCAGAGGACCCGAUAUCGGGAUGGCUAACUAG